AUGGAGUCUCCUGAGGUACAAUGCACAUGCAAUGUUACUAUUGAAUAUCUUAACCAGGCCGGUCAGGCCACCAAACGGAAAGUCAUCCGCAAUGCCACCCUCCUCCUCGGACGUAACGAAUUGCGGGACAUCCUUCUCCGAGUAGACGAUGGGAAACUCUUUCAAAAUUUUGUCCUCCGUGAAAUCCAACUUUUCACGCGGUUUAUUAGGGAUGGGAAGAGUUGCAUCAAAAUUGUGCCUGAUAAUGUUCAAAUCCUGAUUUCAAACUGUCCACCAGAUAAACUGCAAGUGCUCGUUAAAACUCUUGCAAUCAAAUAUGGUGCAGAUAAGAAAAGCAGCAAGCAAGCCAGUGACCGAACACGGCUUCUCUCUGUGCUCCCGAAGACAUUUGACAACAUUAGUCCUGUGCAACUGCACGAUGUGAAAAGAGCUAAUGAGCUUCGGAUGCUGCAAAAUGUACACACGCCUGUCUCUACAAAAGCACCGAAGAAUCGAAUGGGUAAUGCUUGUCCAGGCAGACAGGUUAAACGACCACGGACAACUUCUUCAGAAAACUGUCCGGUCACGGGAUUGAAACCUGCCAAGAAGGCCAUUUUGUCUAUGCCAGUUCAAAGGAAGCUUUCAAAAGAACAGUCUCAUGUCUUGCGCACUGUCCUUUGUGGCAAGAAUGUCUUCUUCACUGGAAGUGCUGGAACUGGGAAAUCUUUUUUGCUGAAAAGGAUUGUGGGAGCAUUGCCCCCAAAGAGCACUUAUACCACAGCCAGUACUGGAGUGGCUGCCUGUCACAUUGGAGGGACAACACUCCACUCUUUCGCAGGGAUUGGCUCUGGAAAGGCCCCCAUGCAGCAGUGUGUUGAGUUAGCUCAGAGACCGGGGGUCUUGCAACAUUGGCAAAAUUGCAAACAUCUUAUUAUAGAUGAAAUUUCCAUGGUCAAUGGAGAAUUCUUUGAUAAACUUGAAGCUGUGGCCAGAAUUGUUCGAAAGAGCAUUGAGCCUUUUGGUGGAAUCCAGCUGAUAGUGUGUGGAGACUUCCUACAGCUUCCUCCUGUUAUCCGAACCAAUGAAAAAAAAACAUUUUGUUUUCAGGCUAAGAGUUGGCGGAAAUGUAUUCACUUGAACAUAGAAUUAACCGAAGUGCGAAGACAAACUGAUAAGGCUUUCAUUGCAAUUUUGCAAGCCAUCCGGAUAGGGAGAUGUACAGAAGAGGUUGCAGCCCAACUGAUUAAAACAGCCAGCCACAAAAUCGAUCAAGAUGGCAUUCUAGCCACGAGACUCUGCACACACAAAGAUGAUGUGGAACUGACCAAUGAGCGAAGGCUUCAGCAUUUACCAGGCAAGGUGCACACAUUCAAUGCUUCUGAUAGUGACCCCAUGUUAGUACAAACACUAAAUGCACAAUGUCCUGCGGGUCAGACACUGGAGCUGAAGAAAGGGGCUCAGGUGAUGCUGACCAAAAACCUGGAUGUGCAGCGAGGGAUGGUAAAUGGUGCUCGAGGAGUCGUUCUGGGCUUUGAAUCUGAAAAUAAAGCAUUGCCCCAGGUACGCUUCUUGUGUGGAGUAACCGAGACAAUAAAGCCAGAACGCUGGACAAUUAAAGCUUCAAGUGGGAUCUACCUGACCAGACAGCAGUUGCCCCUGAGGCUGGCCUGGGCCAUCUCCAUUCACAAGAGUCAGGGUAUGUCUCUGGACUGUGUAGAGAUCUCGCUGGCGCGUGUGUUUGAAAGUGGCCAGGCUUAUGUCGCUCUGUCCCGUGCUCGAAGUCUGGAAGGUCUUCGUGUGAUGGAUUUUGACCCCAAAGUAGUACGAGCCAAUCCCGAUGUGCUACAGUUUUACAGCAGGAUGAAGAGGGAGCGUCUCUUUAUGCAGUCUUCUCUGGAUGAUUAUAUUGAAAUUUAAAGAUGAAGAGAACCAGAUUUGUGCAAGACAGAAAACACAAUGUACUUCAAAAAGCCUCUGGUUCCAUUUUAAUGUACAGUGUUGUACUGAUUUUUAAAUAUAUUUUUAAAAUAUUUUGUACUAUUUUUGUUUUAAAUACUGCAUUGUAAAUUCAAGCUGGCAUUAGAUUAGAACCCAUUCUGUUCAACUUUUGAACCUGGGUUUUAAUCCAUCCCUGUAGGAGAUAAGAGGACAUGAGAAAUCCAUAAAAUUGUAGUCUAGCAGUGGAUUAGCAUUGUAGCAGUUCUAUACCUCAGUUUUAGUGCUUGUUAUUAUCUUAAGAACAUAAAUCUGACACUAGAAUAACAAUGGAGUACAUCAGAGAGGCCACAAGUGUUGUAGGAAAUUAAAUUAACCAUACAAUUUUUAACUAAGAUGUCUGACUUUCUCCUUACCCACCCACCUACCCAGAACGACUUAACUUGCUAUCUACUCGUGUGAUGAAUCAUACACCCAAUCCAUGUAUCUGGUGUCGAAACUGAAGCAUUUAUCUGUUAUUAAAUACAUUUAGGCUAUAAAU